AUGACGGAUGAACGUACGAGACAACAGCUCAUCAAUCGCCGAACCACGCUCACUGCAGCUCUAGGGAGAGCGGAACAAUUCAUCGAAAAGUAUGAGGCGGAACGGGAUCAAGGCCAGGUGAAGUUACGUCUAGAGAAUCUCGAUACCGUGUGGAUGGGACUAGAUGAUGUGCAGACUCAACUCGAAGACUUGGAGCUGACCAAAGAAGGUAUGGCUCAGAACCUGUCUUUCCGCUCCCACUAUGAAACCCGUUAUUUUCGCACAAAAGCCACUCUACAAUCCUACCUCCCCAAUGUACCUUCGACAAGCACAAUUCCCCAAGCACCACUCUCUGGGCUCUCCGGAAUCAAACUACCAACAAUUUCUUUACCGGAGUUCGACGGAGAUUAUAACCAAUGGCUUCCCUUCCACGACACAUUCGUUGCGCUUAUCCAUUCCAACACCGAGGUCCACGAUAUUCAAAAAUUCCACUAUCUGCGUGCUGCUUUGAAAGGAGAAGCAGCGCAGUUGGUCGAAUCGAUUGGAAUUAGUUCCGCCAUCUACAACAUCGCCUGGCAAACUUUAGUCUCUCGCUACGCUAACGACUACCUCCUCAGAAAACGCCACUUGCAAGCUCUCCUCGACUGUCCCCGCAUGAAAAAGGAAUCCGCCGCAGCUCUACACUCAGUUGUCGAUGAGUACGAACGCCACACGAAAACACUCCGCCAAUUAGGAGAACCAAUCGAGACAUGGAGUACCAUGUUGGAACAUCUACUUUGUCUGCGUUUGGAUGAAGCCACACUGAAAGCUUGGGAAGAUUUCGCUACGACCGUUGAAAACCCUGACUACUCUUGCCUCAUUGAAUUCCUGCAACGUCGCAUCCGUGUAUUGGAAUCAAUGUCCGUUAAUCACCAAGCACAGCCAUCUUCCAAUCAACAAUCAAUUAUGUUUCGACGUCCCCCUUUCCACAAAACCGUUUCUCAUGCUGUAGCAGAAACUACAUUUCGCAAAUGUCACUGCUGCGAUCAACAUCACCCACUUUUUCAAUGCCCACGGUUCGAAAAGAUGUCCGUCUCCGAUCGACUGAAAGUUGUCAAUGAUCAGCAUCUCUGCCACAAUUGUUUUCGCCAAGACCAUCUCGCUCGAAACUGCCAAUCGAAAUUCUCCUGCCGUCACUGCAAAAGGCGACACCAUUCAUUGAUCCAUCCAGGCUAUCACCUUCACGAUGCUGAUCAAUCACCCACUACAUCGCGCACCGUACCAUCCGCUACAUACACACCGAAGCCCGUCAUCAAACAAGACACAGCUAUAAACAACAGACGAUCGCCCACAUCCAUGAAUGCUGUGACUGCCCAAACAAUCAACUCAUCACAAACAUCGAGUGCGAAUGUUUUGCUUUCGACGGUCGUGUUGAUGGUUGUCGACUGCAACGGACAAGAGCACCCCGCUCGAGCACUAUUGGAUAGUGGCUCACAAUCAAACAUAAUAAGCGAACGACUAUGCCAAUUACUGAGGUUAAAGCGAUGCAAGUUAAAUAUCCCAGUGUACGGCGUUGGUGAAUCUUCUUCCAGUGUCAACCAUUCUGUUAGUGCCUCCAUCCGUUCGAGAACCUCCGACUUUGAGCUCAACCUUGCCUUCCUCGUCAUGCCCCGCAUUACCAUCGACUUGCCCGUCGUGUCAUCCCCAGGAGAAGAUUGGAAUGUCCCAAAGAAUCUGAUGCUAGCUGACCCCACUUUCCACAAGACAGGAUCCAUCGAUAUGCUACUAGGCGCUGAGCAUUUUUUCUCCUACAUAAAUCUCAGCAGCCGGAUAGAAAAUGCUAACAGUCCCACAUUAAUUAAAAGCGUUUUUGGUUGGAUUGUUACCGGCAGGAUUCAAACUCCCGUAAAUUCACUCCCUGUAGCAUGUCAUGUCUCGCUUUCGGAUCCACUAAAUGAAUCCCUGGAGCGCUUCUGGCGCAUAGAAGAAGUCGAAAAUCCGCGAAAUUAUUCUGUUGAAGAGCAGGAGUGUGAGACCAACUACGUAUCCGGUGUUUCCCGCACAGUGGAAGGAAGAUAUAUCGUGCGACUUCCGCGACAUGUAGAUUUUGAUCACAUGUUGGGGAAUCUAAAUCUGCUGCUAUCCGCCGUUUACAUUGUCUCGAAAAUCGUUUAA